CCCGCCGGCCCGGCACCGUGGGACUGGGCUGGAGCGGAGGUAGCCACGGGGUAGUUUCUCUUUCUCUCUCACCGAUGUAAUAAUGUCGGUGCUGGAAGGCGACGGUUCCGAGCUUUAGUUCUCAUGCUGGGAUGGCAGAAGAUACACUUGAUGGUAAGAGCUCCAAGAAUGGGGCGAGGCCCCAAGGUGGUGCUGAGGCUGGGGAACCCACCACCCUUCUUCAAAGGCUCCGAGGUACCAUUUCCAAGGCCGUGCAGAACAAAGUAGAGGGAAUUCUGCAAGAAGUACAGAAGUUCUCAGAUAACGACAAGCUGUAUCUCUACCUUCAGCUCCCUUCAGGGCCCAGCAUUGGAGAUAAAAGCUCAGAGCCAAGUAUACUCAGCAAUGAAGAGUAUAUGUAUGCCUAUAGAUGGAUUCGCAACCACCUGGAAGAGCACAUGGACACCUGUCUACCAAAGCAGAGCGUCUAUGAUGCCUAUCGAAAGUACUGUGAGAGUCUUGCCUGUUGCCGCCCUCUCAGCACAGCCAACUUUGGUAAAAUCAUCAGAGAGAUCUUCCCUGACAUCAAGGCCCGAAGACUUGGUGGUCGGGGCCAGUCCAAAUAUUGCUACAGUGGCAUACGAAGGAAGACCUUGGUAUCUAUGCCACCAUUGCCUGGACUGGACUUAAAGGGGUCUGAAAGUCCAGAAAUGGGCCCAGAAGUAAGCCCAGCACCUCGGGAUGAACUGGUGGAGGCAGCCUGCGCCCUGACUUGUGACUGGGCGGAGCGGAUCCUGAAACGGUCCUUCAGUUCCAUUGUUCAGGUCGCCCGCUACCUACUACAGCAGCAUCUCAUCUCUGCCCGAUCUGCACAUGCACAUGUGCUUAAGGCUGGGGGGCUUGCUGAAGAGGAUGAAAGAGCCCCUCGAGAGUGGUCAUCAUGUAAAUCCAAGAAUGGGGCAGAGAACCUGGAAGGUGGAGGCCCUAAGAAGCCAGAGAGACCGGCCCAGCCUCCUAAAGAGCUAGAAGCCCGAGCUGGGACUGAGCCUCCAGGGCGUGGGGAGCGGAAGAAGAGUGUAACUGACAGCUCAGCCCCAGCAGCCAGUAAGCCACAAGUCAAUGCCCUUGUGGCGCGACUGCCUGUGCUCCUUCCGAGAGCACCCCGAUCACUCACCACACCCAUUCUGGCUCCUAAGCUUUCUUCAGGCACUCUGAAAGUGGCUGCGCUGCCUCUGUCCACUAGGGUUGGAGGACCUCAGGCAGCUGUGCCCGUCAUUAACAUGAUCUUACCACCUGUACCUACUUUGUCAGGUGCUGGGCCUGGGCCUGGGCCUGGGCCUGGGUUUAGGCCACGGCCUGGGCUUGGGCCUGGGGCUGGGCCAGGGCCUCAGGCUGGGCUUGGGCCUGGGGCUGGGCCUGGACCAGGGAGAGUUCCACCCAGGGUAGUCAUUUGGCCUCAAAGCACAGAGAACAGGGAGGUAGGCAUAAGUGGUGGUGACCCACGACCCCAUGACAAGGGUGUCAAAAGGACAGCUGAGGUGCCUCUGAGUGAGGCCAGCGGGCAGGACCCACCAGUUAAAGAAGUGAAGCAUGACACAGAGGAUAAAAGUGAAGCGAAAAGGAAGCGGGGACGCCCUCGAAAAAAGCUAGGUGGGAACGGGGAGAGAAAUGCUGCUCCCGAGAAACCAGCAGCAGCUGUGAACUCUCCCAGAUCCCCACAGUUACUCUGGGAGACAUGGGGCUCAAAAAGAGAAAACAACUUAGUUGGGAGACCAGAAAGACUAGGGCCAGUGGGCGAAGCUGAGCAGGAAACAGUGCUUGCUCAAGGUCAGAAAGAUGGUGCUGUUUCCAAAGGAGAACGGAGCCUGAGUUCCCAGGAAGCCAAAGAAACAGAAGUUCCUCCUGUCACCUCUAAAGUGAGUGUUAUCAAGGGCAGAAUUCAAAAGGAGACUUUUCAGUUGGUAAAGGGAGAGUCGGAUGCUGCAACACAGGCUAACAAAGGGUUAAAGGGUCGUGUACUCCAAAGUUCCCUAACCCAUGAGCACAAAGACCCCAAAGCAACACCCCCAUGAUAGACAGAUAGGUCUGUGGGGAAAAGUGGCCAUGUUCAUGUGAGCUCUACCUGCCUGCCUGGUAGAGGCCCUUUGCUACACCUGCUUCUCAUUCAGCUAGUCUUUCCCUAAGGGAGCCCAUUGGCCUGGCUUACAUCGUGCCUCAUGGCUGCAUCAGACCUUCCUCGCUCAGUACCGUGGCUUUAAUACAACCAAUAAAUCUGUAAUGACUUCUCACCUCCAUCCCUGUGCUCUUCUGGGGAAAGUAGAGAGGUAGGGUAAGUAUGAAUGUAGGUUAGGCAUAUUCUGGCUUCUAAUCAUAGAAAACUUUUAACUCAAAAUCACUUAAGAUAAAAGCAAUUUAUGGCUGAUGAAAUUGCAAAGUCAAGAGGCAGUCCUGGCUCCAGGUGAGGCUUGAUCUGCUUGCUCAGUAUGUUCCUCACUGCUUCAGGUAAUAUAAAUCAUCUUUAGUUUAGACUACUUCACAGCUGCCAGUACUCCUAGGAUUGUGUUAGAUCCUUAUAACUAAGUUGAAAGAAAGGGUAUCAUUGUGUCAGGUAUCCUAGCAAAAGCCCAAAGAUUUACCAUGAUUAACCAGCCUGGGUUAGGUGUACCCUUGACCAACUAGUGAGGCCAGGAAGAUAUUUAAUGCUAAUGUGUUUUGUGUACAUCGUGGACCACCUUUGGGAAAAGGGUGGAAUCAGCCUUCUCCCAGUACCAGUCCCCGAGAUAGAGACUUGUGUGGAGGAUGGGAGAGUUGCUGAGAAACAGCCAACAACUACUAAGUGUGUUUUAGCUUACUAGGCUGAGGUGAGCUACACUGCUGCCCUAUCCCUGAGUCUUGCAUUUCCCUCAUUGCAGCUGUAACUUCUUAUCUCAUUGUAGUCUGGGAAGGACAGAGAAGGAAUGCAUUCUCUUUAGAGUCUCUUAAUUCUCACAGGACAACUUUUCACCUCAGUCUCACAGAGCAAGCUCCUUUUCUAGUCUAAAUUUUACUUUCUUUCCAGAUCCUAUUUCCUACUCCCAUUCUAGUGCCACUUUCUGGGAGUUCAUGAAUGAUUACUCCAUAAUCACUUCAUUAUAUUCAUCCUGCAUCUACCAGGUGUCAGGCUCAUGUCACACACGUGUCAGGAUCUAGCCAGGACUGUGGGGUUAGGCUAGAUUAACAGGAGGUGGCACCGAUUCUGCAGGUCAGGGAGCAUCAGCGGGAAGGAUCCAGACACUCUAGUUGUAUCCUUGGAACAGCAGGAAACCAGCCCAUAUUAAUUGAGGACCUACUCUGUCCUUGCCACAAGAUAGCUUCUUGUCAGGGAAUCUUGUUUUUUUUUUUUUUUUUUUUCCUAAGAAAUACAGAUUUUUAUUUCAGGGAGAUAUCAUCCACUUGUCAAGUAUUUCCAUGAGUGCAGAUUUUUUUAAAAAAUUACAAGUAAUAUUUGAUAUAUAUAAAGAAAUAUGUAUUAUAAAUUAUGAAAUGCAAUGAGUACCUAUGACCCAUCAUUCAAUUUAUACAUUAAAAUGUUAAAAGUACUAUUAGGUUUAUGCCCCCUUGCCCUGCCUCUUCCUAGAGGUAACCACAGUCUUUAAUUUUAUUCUCAUUAAUCACUUGUUUAUAUAUAUUGGCCAUGUGUGUAUAUAUUCUUUAAGAAUGUAUUGUUUUGUUUUGCUUGUACUUUAGCUUUACAAAAAUGUACUCUGUUCCUUGAAGUUUGCUUUUUUGCACUUACGGAUGUUUCUAAGAUUCAUCUACAUUGUAAUAGGUAUGAUUCACUCGUUGUUCAUUUGUAUACUACUCCAUCAAGCACAUAAAACACAACUUACUUAGCCAUCCACCUGUUGAGUAACAUUUGGGCUGUUUCCGUGUUUUUGUUAUACACAAUGCUGCUAUGAACAUUCUUGUAUAUGAGUGCCUUUGUUUUUAGUAAGAUUUCUAAAGAGGUUUCUAAGAUGGCCCUAGAUGGUCCUUUUGGUCUGUGUACCCUCUGAGUUGGGGACUGUUGCCUCUUGUCUUACUUUAUGGAAGAGUUUACAUCAUACUGAAAUGAACUGUUUUGAAUGUUUGAUAAAAACUUACUUAUAAAGCCA